AUGGAAGACAAACAUGAGCAGCUCCUGCACGGCCUGGAUGUUGGGCAGCACGCCGCCCUGGGCGAUGGUGACCCCCCCCAGCAGCUUGUUGAGCUCCUCGUCGUUGCGCACGGCCAGCUGCAGGUGGCGCGGGAUGAUCCUAGUCUUCUUGUUGUCGCGGGCCGCGUUGCCGGCCAGCUCCAGGAUCUCGGCGGUCAGGUACUCCAGGACGGCCGCCAGGUACACGGGGGCUCCGGCCCCGACGCGCUCCGCGUAGUUUCCUUUACGCAGCAGCCUGUGCACGCGGCCCACGGGGAACUGGAGCCCCGCACGGGAGGAGCGGGCGGGAUUCUGGGCUCCUCUAGGCGGGAGCUGGGCUCCUCUAGGCGGGGCCCGGCUGCAGGAGGGGCCGCUGGAGGGGAGCCGCUCUCCAAUCAGGAGCCCGGAGGCCCCUGA